AAAACAAAAAAAAACUCAACGAUAAAAGCAAUAACAUUCUCCUUGUUAUAAUCGCCUUCCUUCCUUUCUUCCUUCCUUCCGUCCCAAGGAAUUUCGGAAAAUUUGACAUUGAACCAGCUUGCAGGUUCAGUCGACUCGGUGACUCUAACUUGAAAUCAUAAUAACCCAACUCUCAAAAAUCUUCCCCAUUUCCUCCAAAUCAAAUCAAUCAUGCUAAUUCAACAAUUCAAGUCACCAAAUUUCUUGAUCUUCACUUCAAAUGCCACAACACCUUUUCACAAUCACAACAACAAGAAUAACAUGUUACAUUUUUCAAUGAGAAACAACAAUAAUGAUACUAUAAUUACAUCUAAUAUCGAUGUUUCGUUGAAAACCAACAAUAAUAAUAAUCUUGAUGAUGAAAACCCAAAUCCAUCCUUGUUAAUGUCAUCUUCAUCUAAAACGACGCCGUAUCCAGGUGGUAUGGGUCCGUUUACUGGUAGAGAUCCGAAUGUUAAGAAACCCGGUUGGCUUAGACAAAAAGCCCCACAAGGCGAAAAGUAUCAGCAAGUUAAAGAAUCCUUGUCUAGAUUGAAAUUGAACACUGUUUGUGAAGAAGCUCAAUGUCCUAAUAUUGGGGAGUGUUGGAAUGGAGGUGGAGACGGCAUUGCAACUGCUACCAUCAUGCUUCUUGGUGAUACUUGCACCAGAGGAUGUCGAUUUUGUGCUGUCAAAACUAGUAAAAACCCUGCACCACCAGAUCCUAUGGAACCGCAAAACACUGCUGAAGCCAUUGUUAGUUGGGGUGUAGAUUACAUUGUUUUAACGAGUGUGGACCGGGAUGAUUUACCAGAUGGUGGGAGUGGUCAUUUUACUGAAACUGUCAAAGCAAUGAAGAUAAGCAGGCCUGAGAUAAUGGUGGAAUGCUUGACUUCUGAUUUUCGGGGUGAUUUAGAAGCUGUAUCAAUGUUAGCGAACUCAGGAUUAGAUGUUUUUGCGCACAAUAUUGAAACAGUUAAACGACUACAACGAAUCGUGAGAGAUCCACGAGCUGGGUAUGAACAGAGUUUAUCGGUCCUGAAACAUGCUAAAGCUAGUAAGGAAGGAAUGAUUACGAAAACUUCGAUAAUGUUGGGACUUGGAGAAUCUGAUGAUGAACUAAAGGAAGCCAUGGCAGAUCUACGUGCCAUUGAUGUCGACAUUCUGACUCUAGGACAAUAUUUGCAGCCAACACCACUGCACCUUACUGUAAAAGAAUAUGUCACACCUGAGAAGUUUGCCUUUUGGAAAGAGUAUGGUGAGUCCAUUGGGUUUCGUUAUGUAGCAAGUGGACCUUUGGUUCGAUCCUCAUAUAGGGCAGGCGAACUAUUCGUUCAAACCAUGGUGAAAGAGAGGACCAAAAGUAGCGUGUGAUUUGUGUUAAGCAACAAUAUAUGCUUCUUUUUAUAAUCAUUCUUUUACAGGGACAAAUUUAUAUUUGAAUUAAGAAUUUUGUUUAUAAUUAAAAUUGUCGAUGAUUAGAUUACAAUCAUUUGAUUUAUGGUAUGAUCCUUUUUUCUUUUGUAACAA